CGGCUGCCGGGAACGCGCAGGCGGUCUUGAACGUCCCCUGGUUCUCAUUGUGCAGCCGAGGAAACAUCGGAAGGUUUCGACGACGUCGCUAUGAAAUGGCAGAAACUGCCUGUGUCACGGAAUCACUGAGAUUGGGUUACGUUGAAGCUGCACAUGUAUUUUGCGGCGAUCCAGGCCUGCCACUGUAAACCAAACGGGAGCGUAUCCGGAAGAAAACACGGACUAAAGAGCUGUUUUUCCUCCUAGAAACCGUCCAGGUUGUGUCUCCGGCAGGGAGCGAGCGACGACUGCGGGUCGACUCUGUCGGAAUUACUCGGAGAGGGGUCUUCAGAGACGAACCCCACUUGGAUGCGCAGUCGCAGCGUCCGCCCAAGGCUUCACGAUGAACCGGAACAAGCGUGAGAAGGAGUACUACAGUAUAGAUGUGGGCGAUUCGACUUUUAUGGUUUUAAAGCGCUACCAGAACCUCAGACCCAUCGGAUCGGGAGCGCAGGGAAUUGUCUGUUCUGCAUACGACCACAACUUGGAGAGGAACGUCGCCAUCAAGAAGCUGAGCCGACCCUUUCAGAAUCAAACUCACGCAAAACGGGCCUACAGAGAACUGGUGCUCAUGAAAUGUGUCAACCACAAGAACAUCAUCGGCCUAUUAAACGUAUUCACACCACAGAAGACGCUGGAGGAGUUCCAAGAUGUCUACCUAGUGAUGGAGCUGAUGGACGCCAACCUCUGUCAGGUGAUUCAGAUGGAGCUGGACCAUGAGAGGCUGUCCUACCUGCUCUACCAGAUGCUGUGUGGAAUCAAACACCUGCACGCUGCAGGCAUCAUACACAGGGACCUGAAGCCCAGCAACAUCGUGGUGAAGUCCGACUGCACGCUGAAGAUCCUGGACUUCGGCCUGGCCAGGACGGCCGCCACUGGCCUCCUCAUGACGCCCUACGUGGUGACCCGCUACUACCGCGCCCCCGAAGUCAUCCUGGGCAUGGGCUACCAGGCCAACGUGGAUAUUUGGGCUGUGGGCUGCAUUAUGGCAGAAAUGGUUCGCCACAAAAUCCUUUUUCCAGGAAGGGAUUAUAUCGACCAGUGGAAUAAGGUGAUCGAGCAGUUGGGCACACCGUCUCAGGAGUUUCUGAUGAAGCUCAACCAGUCGGUGAGGACCUACGUGGAGAACCGGCCGCGGUACGCUGGCUACAGCUUUGAGAAGCUCUUCCCCGAUGUCCUGUUUCCUGCAGACUCUGAACACAACAAGCUGAAAGCGAGCCAAGCCCGAGACCUACUAUCCAAGAUGCUGGUAAUAGACGCGUCGAAGCGGAUCUCAGUGGACGAGGCUCUCCAGCACCCCUAUAUCAACGUGUGGUACGACCCGACUGAAGUGGAGGCACCACCACCCGUGAUCACAGACAAGCAGCUGGAUGAGAGAGAGCACACAGUGGAGGAGUGGAAAGAGUUGAUAUAUAAAGAAGUGCUGGACUGGGAGGAACGGACAAAGAACGGUGUCAUCAGGGGACAGCCAGCGUCCAUAGGUGCAGCAGUGAACAGCAGCCCUCACCAGCACCACCCCUCCACAUCCUCCUCCGCCUCCGUCAACGACGUUUCCGCCAUGUCCACCGACCCGACCCUGACCGACACCGACAGCAGCCUGGAGGCGGCCUGCAUCUCCACCUCCGCCGCCACUGCUACGGCCACGGGCCCCGUGGGCUGCUGCAGAUGACUAUCAUCUACACCUCCUCCAGGUCCUGAUCUCGGUCCUGGUUCUGAUCCCGGGAUGGGUCACACCCCCCGGUCACAUCCAAGACCACUGGCCUGACGCGGGCCCCUGGUCACACCUCCUGUAUUUGCCUCAUCUUCGUGCUUGUCUUCGGUAGUGUAGCAUUUAGCCAGCUAGCUGUUUGAGAAAUUUUUCUGAAAGGACAGAUAUUUUUUCUUUUUAUGACGAUUAUAGUCUCUUUUUCUUUUCUUUUUUUAUUAGGAUUUCACUUCAUUUGAGUCCUAGCUGUAAUUUAUUGUGGCAUUUCUUAAUUUUUUCAGAAACCUAAGAUGAUAAGAGAAUUUUUAUGAUUUCACGACAUUUCGGUUUGUAUUAACCGACGGUGAGAAUUUAAAGAAAUAUCUGUAAAAUGUUAAUGUGAUCUAUUUUUUUUUUUCCAGUCGAAAGUCGUUUUGUUUCACUUGUAAGCUACUGCUUUUACAACUUGCCAUAUAAAUGUAGACUGAGUUUGUACAGAUUUUAUGGUAGAUGUAGUUUUAUCUUCGAUACAGGUUUGCAGUGAGCCAUUGAAACCUAAUUUGAUUGACACAACGUACGUUCUUAGUACUCCCCUCAUCAGCUUGAUCUCAACAUGACACGGAUAUUGUUUUUAAUGCAUAUGACAUAUCCAUUUAUUUGAACUGAGAUCAUCUCGAUUUAUUUGUUUUAAAAAAAGAUAAAUACGACUUCUCGGGAGUCGCUUCCUUCAUUGUGAAAUUUCACUUUAAUGAAAGCUUUAUGAUUUCCUGAUGCUUCACUUCCUGUUCAGUCAGAUAUUCAAAAGGUUGAGGCUGAGCUUCCUCAUUCGGGCUACAGGAUUGAUCAUGGCACAUUUAAGUCCCGCAAGAUAACUUGUCAAGAUAAGACUGUCUUGUGUGUUUUUAAGUGCUUUAAAGUACCUCUUCCCUGCAGCAGGCUGUGCGGCAUUAUGGACCCUGAUCGGUGCAAUUGUUUUGGUAACAGUUCAGGACUUUAGAAUGUUGCUCAUCAUGAUUUUGAGAGUUUUGGGUUUUGUUUUGUUUUCGUUUUGUUUUUUUUUUUGAGACGUAAAGUUGUGUGAGGUUGUAAAGUUGGUGGCGGUGUUAAGUAGAAUGUGCUUUGGUAAAGUAGGGAAUUGUGAUAAAGAGAACGCUCGUGAACGUGUCGAUAUUUGGUGUCUUGAAGGGAUAGCGAUUCUGCAGCCUGAUGGAGCAGUGUGGAGAGAUGCCCCCCACCCCACUUCUCCCAGAUCCCGUUAUUAGUAAUUAUGAAUUCUGAAAUUGAGAAUUUUUUUUUUCUCUAAAACUUGGCCAAACUCUUUGCCAGACUUGCCUCCAAUUACGAAUCCAACUAAAAGUUCCUAGCAGCACAAACGACCAGAUACAAAUUCUUCUUCUUGUAUGCAAUAAUUGUGCCCUUUUUAGCGUGUAUUUGCUUUGGAAAGGAAAAGUGCCUGUUGUUUGUCAUUCAUUCCCGAGUACGUUUGGAGGAAGUGUCUUGGCUAUGUGUGGGCUUCUAUGGCGUCUGGAUAACAACAGUAGUUUCCGUGGCAAAACGAUAAUGUAAGACGGGGUUGUAGUUCUCACAAAUUGUAUUGUAUAUUUUUCUACUUGUUUUGAUUUUGACCCUGGAGCAGGAGACUAGUGUUUUGCAGAGUAAGGAGGCGAUCGUGUAUGCGUUGAGGUGCGUGGGCAUGCGUUUUGAGUCAUUUCGGAAGAAAAGGCAGUUUUAUCAAGGUCUUUCAUCAAAGUAAAAAAAAAAAAAGUGUUUCUUUGCAGUGACAGCAACCAAAAUAUGAGUUAACUUUUUUUUUAUAAUUAUAGAUUUUCUUUGCGUUUUUAUUUAAUAUGAUGACUGUAAGAGAGAAUAAUUAACAGAAAAAGUCUUCAAUUACUGAAUCAAACUAACCAACUGAACUCUGAUGCGUCAGAUCGGAAGAAACAUGUGAGAGGCAGAGCUGAACAACCACAGUGUUUCUGUAGUUUAUGCAACACUUGUGGUACUAAUGGGAAGAGAAACUGCCCUAACCAUAGUUAUUCGAGUUCAAAGAUGUCCAGAUUACCUUGUAUCCUGCUGCUUCUCUGCCGGCUAAAAAAUAUUUCUAUCCGCAAGAGCUGGAGUUAACAUGUGCUGUGUUCCUGCAUGGAUCACAAGCAGAUGCUGACAGCACAGGAAUAAUAAAUGUCACUGUGCUUAGACCUGAGCUGGGACCUGUGCUGGUUUAGACAUGGAUGUUUUUUUUCUACUAAGCUCAAAGCAUAGUGGCAGAGUAAUCUUUAGUCGGUGGCAUACUCUUUAGUUUGUACUGUGAUCUGCUCGGACAGCUUGGUUUAAACACAGGUGUAACUGUUUUAUGUACGGCUGCUUUUCUGUUUCCAGCUCUGGACUCGCACCAGCUAUUUUUGAAGCGUCCUUUCACAAACUACUAACUGACGACUACAAACUGACAAAUAAAAAAAUAAAGUCCUUUAGCAAGUUGAUAGACAUCAUCUGUAAUUAGUUUUAAUAAUAUUACAACAAACAACAAAUUGCAGAUUUAGAAACAUACAUAAGAGCUGAAAGGCUUCCUGUGUAAAUAUAGGUAUAACUUUAUGUAUUUAUUCUUAUCACUGUCAAAGUAAGUGGAAAAUAUUUCCUUAUAUCCUUGUUGCGGAAUAGCACGAUUGUUAAUAAUUAAAGGACCUCUGUGGCGUAUUAAGAGACAUCUAGUGGUGGGGUUACAGACUGCUGCCAACUGAACACACAUCCACCAAGUCUCCUUUUCCAGGCAUGUAGGACAGUGGCCAUCUGGCAUCGGUCUCUAGUCACCUCAAGUGCUGGUGUUUGGAUUUUCAGUCUGAAAAAAUAUAGAUCAUAUCAGCCAUGUAAUAUAGUGACAAUUUUGUUAUUGGUUUAGCUUGGUGGUCCUUCUGUAUCCUACACAUUGAUACUUUAAUAGCACAAACAAAAGUUAGCUCUGUUGCUAACACGUCCAACAGUUAACACAACACAUAGUGUAUAAGCAAGCAAACGUUAGAUGCGUCAGUUAGCGACACAACCACUGAUAUUUUAUGUAUUAGCAAGAAAAUGUUAGUUGAGUCUGUUAGCUACACAAUUGUUAAUAUUUAACCCUCCUAUUUGUCUUCAAAUUUACAACAUUUUUUACAUUGACCUUGGGGUCAAUUUGACCUCAGAAAUUUACACCUCCAAAAAAUGAUUACAAUUAAAAUAUUUUCCCAAGUUUAUGUGGCAGGUACUUAACGUUUGUUUGUUGACUACCUUAAUAGCUCUUUAAAUAAAACAUGCAUAAACUAUUAAGAGCACCAUAAAAUCUCACUGGCUGACCUUAAAUUGGAAAGAGAUAUGUUUAAGUGGCAUUAUAUCAUUUCUAAGCACAUAUUCUUGUUAUCUAUAACGUUUGGUAUGAAAAACCAUUAUUACAAGUAUUAUCAAGAAUACUAGAAUAUAUCAUGUCGGGGCAGUGUUACUGUCCCCAUUAAAUUAGGAAUAUUCAUUAAAUAUUAAGUAAAAACAAUUAUGUCAAUCAUAUAUCUAUCUGGGAUCAAAUUGACCCCAUAGAUAAUAAGAGGGUUAAUUAUUAUUAUUUACAAAUGUUGGCUUUGUUAUUCAGACAUGGAAUAGCUGUCUUGUCAUAUAUUACCAACCAAAUAUUAGCUGUUUCAGUUUUAGCUACCCAACCGUUAAUAUGGAAUAUAUUAACAAACGUUGGCUUUGUUACUGGGCCAUAAAACAGCUAACCUGUUUUAUAUUAUCAGGCAAACAUUAGCUGUGUCUGUUAGCAAUAUAGUCGUUAAUAUUUAACAUAUUAACACGUUAACAAGCGUUCCUUAGCUUUGUUAUUGGACUACAAAACUGAUAUAUUACAACACAACUGCUAGCUGUGGUCUGUUAACAUCGCAUAUAUUGGCUUGUCAGUGAGCUACACAACUGUCAAUAUUCAGUGUAUUAAAAAUCUACGCAAUGGUUAACAUUUAUUAUACCAGCAAGCUAACCACGUACGUACGUUACGUGGAAAGGUUGGUGCGGAGGCUCACCAGAAUGGAAACAGAAUGACUCGAGCAUGGGCUGCUGAGUGCGGCUGUUAGCUGCCGAACCAUAUUAAUACAGUACCAAACAAAACGCAACUAUAGUUGCUUACAUAAACAAUGUCACAUUUGAAAAUAUAUUCAUUUGUAAUUUUAGUAAAGAAAGAGGAUAAAAAUAACUAUCAGACAAACGUGUGUUCGCUAAAGUGCUCUUAAUUUAAUUAGCCCCAGAUUAGGGGGCAUUAAUUGGAGUAUUUUUUAUUCUUUCUUCUUUUCAGGUUGUUGUUGCUUUCUUAUCGUUUUAUCUCUCUCAACCGUUUCCCUCUGAUUUGAGUCGGCUUUGAUGAACUACCUCACGCUGAAUUUCUGCCAGUUCUUGCAUAUACGUAGUCACCUGCAGAAUUAGCUAUCGAAGACGUGUGAAUAACAGAUUCCAUUAUUUAUUUAUUUGAAAGUGUACUAUUUGUCGGUUUCAACAGACUUCUAGUUUUGUACAUUAUGUAUACUUCACCUAGAAGUAAGAGAAUUGUUAUUUUUUUUUUUUUUUUUUUUUUUUUUUUUUUUUUUUUUUUUUAACUAAAUGUGCAAUACCUUCAGCAAACUGUGCUAGUAGUAUGUGAUGGGCCUAGCCUUUGUUAGCUGUCUCCUGAAGGUAAAGAAAAUGUUUGGUACUGUCAAUCCAUGUUUUCCUUUUUUUUUUUUAUGAAUAAGAUCAGUUUUUAUUUCUGUGACUUGUUUAUAGUCAUACUGUUACGUAAUCUGGUCUUACCCACCAAACGAGCCGGUCGGCCAGAGUUUGAAGCAGAGAAGUUCUUUGGCUCGGACGUGGCCGGCUGGUUAUUCGGUUUGGGACGUGGUAAGGACAAUAAUGUUAAGAAACACUAAAAAAGGCGAGUAAAAUACCUACAAGAAAUCAUUAUAUGUAUGGUGCUGGUUUGUAAUGUUUGCUAGUGAAUCCAGCCAUGCAAGUAGUUUUAAGAAUUCUUGGAUCUGCGCGUCCCACAAGCCGCAACCAACGAAGAAGAGCACUACUAGAAUACAUGCACUGGGAUCUGAUGAUGCCACCUCUUAAAAAAAAACGGGAAAAAAAUUACAAAAUACAAAAACAUGUACUGCAAAUAAAAGAAAUACACUUUGAUUCAUAA